AUGAAAACGAAGUUCAACUUAUACGGCCGUGGCCGUCCCCUACGAUGGGCGAUCACCGGUGCCUGCCAGCUCGCAUUCGUGCUCUUCGGAUAUGACCAAGGCGUUUUUUCCGGCAUUGUUGGUAAUGAACACUUCCGUUCAACCUUUGGGAACCCGAGCGACAGCUUGACUGGCAUCAUUGUCUCAAUCUACAAUCUCGGCUGCUUCAGUGGAUGUGUCCUGAAUUUCUUUAUUGGCGAUUGGCUUGGACGACGGAAGGCCAUGUGGUUUGCCAUGUGCUGGAUCAUAGUGGGUGCUGUGCUGCAGACGUCGGCCUUCUCGGUACCGCAUAUGCUGGUUGCUCGAUAUAUUACUGGUAUCGGAACCGGUAUUGAGACAUCCACCGUUCCCAUGUACCAAGCAGAGCUCGCUGAAGCUCAUCGCCGUGGCAGGCUGGUCUGCUCUGAACCGCUCUUUGUCGGUGUUGGCAUCGUCAUCUCCUACUUCUUUGACUACGGCAUGUCAUUCGUACCGUCCCCUCCCGGCAUCGCCUGGCGUCUACCGAUUGCAUGUCAAAUGAUCUUCGCGUUCGUUGUGAUCGGUAUGGUCUUCGGCCUCCCAGAGAGUCCACGUUACCUCUGUCAGAAACAUCGCGAGGACGAAGCGCUUGCUAUCUUGUGUGACGUCUACGACAGGGAUCCUAGUGAUCCGAAGAUUCAGCGAGAGCAAUCUGAGGUCCUCGAAGCCCUUGAGGUUGAACGGGAGCACGGCGAGUAUAAAUGGCGAAACAUAAUGGUUAAAGACAAAGUUCAGACAGGUCGACGUGUGUUGUUGGCAUACGGCAGUAAUCUAACUUCCGCAGGUAUUAAUCUCGUCGUCUACUUCGUCCCUACUGCCUUGCAAGAGAACGUCGGUCUCACACACAACCUUGCCCUAAUCAUCGGUGGAUGCGUUCAGUGCAUGUUCGUCAUCGGAUCUCUGUAUCCGACGUUCUUCAUUGACCGCAGUGGUCGCCGGCCGCCCAUGCUAUGGGGAUCUAUUGGUCUUGGCGUCAGCAUGAUGAUGAUCGCAGUACUCCUCUCGGUUGGCAAACAAGUGACAAGCUCUGCCGCGAUUGCUUUCUUCUUUACGUACAUGUUGAUCUUUGGCGCUUCCGUGAACUGCAUUCCGUGGUGCUACGUGCCGGAAAUACUGCCGCUACAUGUUCGAGCUAAAGGUACUGCUGUUGGGAUUAGCUCAAACUGGAUCUGGAACUUCUUCGUGGUCAUGAUCACGCCCGUCAUCAUCAACCGCCUGCAGUGGAAAGCCUACCUCAUCUUCAUGUGCUUGAACUUCGCCUUCGUGCCACUUGUGUACUUCUGCUAUCCUGAGACGGCGAACUUGACGCUGGAAGAAAUCGAUUUCAUCUUCGCGGACCACACCAAGAGCACGAUCAAGACGAGCAAGCAGAUGUGCUCGGAGCGCAUGAAGUACAAGGGCGCCAGAAGGGACAGCUUUGUGGCACAGUACACAGAGGAGAGGCGCAGGAGCAAGGCUGGGAGUGAUGCGGCUGAGAGGACUGUCCAACACACCGAGAAGUCUGUCUGA